AUGGGGUUCCUCGGCGUCUACCAGGCCAUAUACGACUAUGAGCCUCAGGGUGAGGGCGAGCUUGCCAUCAAGGAAGGCGACGUCCUCUAUCUUUUGGAGAAAGACGGCGAUGAUGAUUGGUGGAAGGCGAAAAAGAAGGCCAACGCCGACGACGAGGAUGAGCCUUCAGGCUUGAUCCCCAACAAUUAUGUUGAAGAGGCUCCCAUCAUCUGUCAAGCCCGCGCACUUUACGACUAUACUCGCCAGACUGACGAAGAGAUAUCCUUUUCCGAAGACGCGAAACUACAGGUUUACGACAAUUCCGAUCCUGACUGGAUCCUCGUAGGAACCGACGGCGAUUUCGGCUUUGCUCCGGCCAACUAUAUUGACAUGGGAGAGAGCGCCGCCGAACCCGAACCUGCGCCAGAACCGGAACCUCGCUCCCAACCUGAGCGUGCAUCUGUGCCCAUGCCCGCGCCCGCAGCUCCACCGUUGCCACCCUCCCUUCCCACUCGUCCAGCUGUGCACGAUGAGGUGGAAGAGGAUGAGGACGAGGAACCACAGAGCCCACCACUGCCCACGCGCCAGCCCUCUAUCGCUUCCGAGGUGAGCCCAGCCACAGCCACGCCCGCAGCCGCGCUGGCCGGUGUCAUGUCAGGCAGAACUUCCAGAAGAGCCGCUACUCCUCCGCCCAUCGCCGUGCCGCCACGCCGACAAAAUCUCUCCGAGGACUCUGGAGAUGAGCCUAGCCCAGCACUGCCGGUUCGCCCGAGGUCUCAAUCAACCAUUUCAAACGACCAAUCACAUGCAUCUCCACCCCAAAGGACCGCUAGUCGUAGACAUAGGGAUAUCGACGACGAAGUCCCAGAGGGUUCCUACGGCCAAAUCGCCCCCGGCGGUUUUCACAUGUACAACAUCAACGAGAUGGUCUCAGUCAUGGGCAAGAAAAAGAAGAUGCCUACCACCCUGGGCGUUAACCUGAAGACCGGGCUUAUCCUCAUAGCCCCCGAGCGAGCUACUGACGGCCCAACCCAGGAGUGGUCUGCCGAUAAGAUGACCCAUUAUUCACGCGAGGGCAAGCAUGUCUUCCUUGAGUUGGUCCGGCCGAGCAGAAGCAUCGACUUCCAUGCCGGUGCCAAAGACACUGCCGCCGAGAUCGUGAGCGCACUGGGCGAAAUCGCUGGCGCCAUACGAGCUGAAGGUCUCCGUGAAGUGAUCAUGGCUGGAACGGGCCAGACUGCCCAAAGGAAGGGAAUCAUUCUCUAUGAUUUCAUGGCUCAGGGAGACGAUGAAGUCACCGUGGCCAUUGGCGAUGAGGUUGUAGUCGUUGACGACAGUAAGAGCGAGGAGUGGUGGCAGGUUCGCCGCCUCAAGAACGGCAAGCAAGGCGUCGUCCCCAGCAGCUAUAUCGAGAUCACCGAGACUCUUGCAUCCCCCAUGACGUCGUCUACAGCUGGUAUUAAUGCCGGCCGUUCUACAGUUGCCCAGAACCGGCUCGAAGAAGAGCGCUUGACAAAGGAGGCUAUAAAGAGGGACCAAAAAGCAGCAGAGGUAGGACCUGGAAUGCGUUUGCCCGACAGAAAAAGUAGUUUGUCGGCUGUAGACAGUAGUAACCAUUUUGGCCAGCAGCGAAGCAAACAAAACGGUCGAUCUGAUGCCACCGGCAGCAAGUCCUCCUCGGGCAAGUCGAAACCCGAUCCUCUCAAGGUCCGUAUAUGGACGGACCGGAGCAAGUCUUUCAGCGUCGAGGCCCAGUUCCUCGGUGUUAAGGAUGGCAAAAUUAAUCUGCACAAGGUGAACGGCGUUAAAAUUGCUGUCCCAGUUGUCAAAAUGUCCGUCAAAGAUCUUGAAUAUGUCGAACUAAUUACUGGUAUAUCCCUGGAUGAACAUAGGCCCUUGUCUGAUAUCAAGCGGGCACAGUCCCAAAGAAAACAAGCCAUCAAGGAUGAGGUCCCGUCAAGGGCUGGCGCCUCCGUCGAAGCACCCAAGCCCGAGUACGAUUGGUUCCAAUUCUUCUUAUCAUGUGAUGUUGCAGUCGGACUCUGUGAACGAUACGCUCAGUCGUUCACUAAGGAUUCGAUGGAUGAGACUGUACUGCCCGAUGUGGACGCCAGCGUGCUUCGGAACCUUGGUCUCCGCGAGGGCGAUAUUAUCAAAGUAAUGCGGUACCUGGAUAAGAAAUACGGGCGGGAUGGCAAGAAGCGGAAUGUCAGCUUUGCCGGCGAUGACGAUGGGGAGGGCAGUGGCCAAGGAGGACUCUUUUCUGGUCCUGGAGGAACCCUUCGAAACAACACUCGAAAAGGACGUCCCACUCCCACCGUUGAAACAAACAACACUAUUGAUCUCAAGGCAUUCUCACAGCAAAAGGACGCAAGUGCAGAUAGUACGACACCUUCUCCGGUCGGUGGGAGGUCGAAGGCAGCCGAUAGGGGUGCAGCUGGAGGCUUCGAUGACGAUGCUUGGGAUGUCAAACCGUCCAAGCAGCCAGAAACUACAGCUAAGCCUUCUGCAGCACCAGCGUCCGCUCCGGAAUCCAAACCCGCUGCUCAGGAGUCUGCACCCACGCAAGCAAUGCUUGAUCUCUCGCUACUUUCAAAACCGUUGGAGCCAGAAAAGAUCCAGCCUGUCCAACCUCCUCAAAUUGUGCAGCCGCCUCCACAGCCUGUACUGCAGCAGCAGCCCGUGGCGACGCAAGCUCAACAGGGGGCCUCGCCAGCAUUCUUUACAGGACUAGCCCAACAACAGACAGGUCUUGCUCAGCAGCAGACAGGCGUCGCCGCAAUGCCUACCGGGCAACCAUUAGGGUUAGGACUUGCCGGCAGUCGCCAGCGGCCUUUGGCUCCUCAGAUGACACAAGGCCAGUCUGGACUCGUAGCUCCUCCGCCGCCCUCUCGUCCCCUUUCCGCUCCACAAUCGGCGCAGCCCAGCGGCUUCGCACCGCCACCCCUGCAACCCCAGAUGACAGGCAUUGCUCCUCUAGGCCAAAGUCUGAAUGACCUCGGUCAGCAAAGACUGCAGCAGCAGCAGCAACAGCCAUUCAUGACUGGGUUCCAGCCACAACCAACUGGACAAAGCAUGGUGGGGUUCACUGCUGGGUCUGGCAUACAACAACCUAUGCAAAUGCAGCCAACAGGAUUUAUGCCUGGUCAGUUCAUGCAACCUAACAUGACCGGUGCCACGCCAAUGCAACAAAGUCCCUUCGCCGAUCAACGUUCACAACAAUUCUCACCUAUGCAAAAUCAGCCUACUGGGUUCCCGACCGCUUUUAGUGCUGGCCAACAACAGUUUCCGCAGCCAACCGGUACCGUUAACCAGUACCUCCCACCAGCUUUGGAGCCCCAACGAACGGGAUUGCCACAAAUGCAGACCGGACUCCAGCCCCAGCAGACUGGGUUUGGCGGAAGCUUUGGUCAGGGCUUUAACUCGGGUCUAAAUAAUCAAACGACGCAGGCUGCCCCCAUCGCACCUCUACAGCCGCAACAGACCGGACCGGCACCCCCCGUACGGUUUGGUGUCCCUGACAAGAUUCAACCUCAGGCAACGGGACGCCGUGCGAAUCUCGCACAAGCUACCCCGCAAAAUCCCUUUGGGUUUUAG